AUGGUCUCUAUUGAAGUCAAAUCCCGUUCCAAGUCGUUGCGGUCGGUCACCAUCUCCGACUUGACCCUCGACACACCCGUCAAAGCCCUUGUGGGACAGAUUGCUGAAAAGAACAGAACCUCGGCUGCCAGACUCAGAGUAACCAAGUACGAUGACAAGACCAAGAAACAACAGCCAUUGGAUUACAGUAAGUCGUUCCUUGACAACGGAAUUGCCACGAAAAAAAUCGAACUCUUCGUCAAAGACUUGGGGCCACAGAUCUCGUGGCGAACUGUCUUCAUGAUCGAGUACUUCGGUCCCCUCUUGAUCCAUCCUUUGUUCUACUACGUUUCGGGAUUGUACGGAAGCGGCUCUGUCAUUCACCAUACCCAGACUCAACAGUUUGCUUACCUCUUUGUCGUGUUGCACUUUUUGAAGAGAGAAUACGAAACUGUUUUUGUUCACAAGUUUUCGAAUGACACUAUGCCCGUUUUCAACAUUUUCAAGAACUCGUCCCACUACUGGAUCUUGUCAGGGUUCAAUCUUGCCUACUUUAUUUAUGGUCAAGAUUCAAGUCUCUAUUCAUCAGGUUUCUUGAAGUUCUUGUUCAAGGUCAAUGACUUACCUUCUUCGUACAAUUACUUACUUGCUGGCUUGUUCAUAUUUGCAGAAGUCUCUAACGGUAUUACCCACUCCAUCUUGGCUAAUGUCAGAAAGGAAGACACUAAGAAAUAUGUCAUUCCAUACGGCUACGGUUUCGACUUGGUAGCCUGUCCCAACUACUUUUUUGAGUCUGUAUCGUGGUUCGCCUACGCCUUAUUGGUUGGCAAUUGGUCGUCGUGGGUUUUCUUGUUCGUGGCAACUGGCCAGAUGUGGCUCUGGGCUGUUAAGAAGCAUAAGAGAUAUCUCAAAACUUUCGGUGACGAAUACAAGAAGUUGAACAGAAAGAUCUACGUUCCUUAUGUUAUCUAG